AAACAUUUGCGUUUAAUCUGUGGGCGCGUAAGAUCAGAAUGAAGUUCUUUUUGGUUCUGCCGCUCCUGGUGGCUGCGGUCUCUGCCCAGUUCGGUGGAUUCGGAGGAGGUGGCUUCGGCGGCGGUGGCCUCGGCGGUGGCCUGGGAGGUGGUCUGGGAGGUGGCCUCGGAAACCUGGCCUCCAAUGCGGCAAACCGCUUCCAGAGUGCUGCCAGUGGUAUUGCCAGUGUUGUGCCCAAGGUUCCACUGCUCAGCAAUGUCCAGAGCUUCGGCGACUUCUUGUCUCAAUCUGGCAAGUCCUACCUCAACGCCGCCGAUCAGGCCCUGCACGAGGGUGCUUUUGCUGCCACCAAAAACCUGGUGGAUGCUGGAAACGCUGCCUAUGCCGCUGGUACUUCCACCUUCAAGCAGGCGGUGAAUGCCUUCGCUGAUCUGACCCAGGGCGAAUUCCUUAGCCAGUUGACCGGUCUCAAGAUCAACCGCGCCGCUAAAGCCCGUGCUGCUUCCAGCAAGGUGGAUGUCCCUAUUCCCGAUGGUCAUGUUCCCGACUCCUUCGAUUGGCGCGACAAGGGAGGCGUCACCCAUGUCAGAUUCCAGGGCACGUGCGGUUCCUGCUGGGCCCAUGCCACAGUUGGUGCCAUUGAGGGUCAUGUUUUCCGCAAGACAGGCUCUCUGCCCGUCCUCUCCGAGCAGAACCUGGUGGACUGUGGUCCAGCUGAAGAUUUUGCUCUGAACGGCUGUGAUGGUGGCUUCCAGGAGGCUGCCUUCUGUUGGAUCAACGAGGACCAGAAGGGCGUCUCUCAGCUGCCAACGUAUCCAUACCUGGACAAGCAGGACACCUGCAAGUACGACGAAAGCAAGGCGGGAGCCCACAUCAGUGGAUUCGGCACCAUUCCGCCCAAGGACGAGGAGGAGCUAAAGAAGGUGGUGGCCACCCUGGGACCCGUUGCCUGCUCGGUGUACGGCAUUGAGAGUCUGAAGAACUACGAUGGCGGCAUCUACAACGAUGAGGAGUGCAACAAUUCCGCGGAGCCCAACCACGCCAUCCUGGUUGUGGGCUAUGGCUCGGACAACGGUAACGACUACUGGAUCAUCAAGAACUCCUGGGAUGACACCUGGGGAGAGCAGGGCUACUUCCGUCUGCCGCGCGGCAAGAACUUCUGCCUUGUGGCCGAUGAGUGCUCCUAUCCCGUGGUUUAAGCUUUUGGCUUUCACUAGGAAAUGUCCAAAGUUAUGUUCUGGUCUAAGUUCAUUUUUGAAAUAAAACGAUUUAAAUGAUUUUACGAUA